CACACCAUCUUCACUUAUCACUUGGCGGCUCAACAGCCUAGUCAUAUUACAGAGAGAUAGGUAAGUCGGUCGUACAGCUAGUACGCCACUUCGGCUUUCCUCGCCUUCUCCUUCUGUCUUCAAAAACCAUCUGCAGUAUGACUCGAUAGCAACAACAACUCACCGCUUUCUACACCCAAAACCAUGGCCGCCAAACACAACGACGAAGAGGGCACAACCAUGAAUCCCAAAAUCUACUCCUCUGAUACCGAAGAAGGCGGCAAUGUGGUUAUCGACCGCGCCAAAGAGAAGAAGCUGGUCCGAAAGCUCGACCUCCACAUCAUUCCCGUGGUAAUGCUUCUCUACCUUCUCUCUUUCCUGGACCGCGUCAACAUUGGCAAUGCCCGGCUCUACGGCCUCGAAGAAGAUCUCGGACUCUCGUCGUCGCAGUUCCAGACUGCUGUCAGCAUCCUCUUCGUCACGUACGUCAUCUCCGAGCUACCUUCGAAUUUGAUCCUGAAAGGAUAUGUACGGCCUUCGAGGUGGAUUGCUUUCAUCACGGUUUCCUGGGGGAUCAUUGCGACUUUGACGGGCGUGGUGCAGAGCUAUGCGGGCUUGAUCGUGUGUAGGUUGUUGCUUGGGUUGGUCGAAGGAGGACUAUUUCCUGGAGCGGCGAUUUACCUGACCUUCUUCUACACGAAACAUGAGCUUGCCUUACGAAUCGGAUACCUCUUUGUCAGUGCCGCGCUGGCAGGAGCUUGCGGCGGACUGCUCGCAUAUGGCAUCGGCUUCAUGGAUGGCGUGGCAGGCCAGCGAGGCUGGAGGUGGAUUCUCAUCAUUGAAGGUCUGCCGACACUGCUUCUGGGUAUUGCUUGCUGGUGGAUCCUGGCGGAUGAUCCUGAAACGGCAUACUAUUUGAAUGAUGAAGAGAAGGAAUUGAUUUUGGCGAGAAGAGCCACGCAGGUGGGACACGUCGACGUGUUUGACUGGAAGGAUGUCAGGAAAGGAUUGAAGGACUGGAAGAUCUGGAUGUUCUGUGCUGGGCAAUUCUGUUUGGAUACCAUGCUGUACGGAUUCAGCACCUUCCUGCCUACGAUCAUCUUGGCCAUUCGACCAGAGAGCUCUAGGGCUAUUGUGCAGGUUUUGACAAUUCCCGUCUAUACCGUUGGAGCCGUCUCUUACAUGGCUGCGGCGAGGUAUAGCGACUGGCGACAAUCGCGAGGCCCAGUCGCGGUUCUCUUCAGUCUGAUCGCGGUCGUGGGGUAUGCCAUGCUUAUUUCAGAUGCCAACACGGGCGUUCACUUUGCCGGAUGCUUCUUAGUCGCCAUGGGCCUUUACGUUGCUGUUGGAAUACCUCUGGCAUGGCUUCCUUCAAACAAUCCGCGAUAUGGCAAGAGAACGACUGCGACAGGGCUCCAACUCACGAUUGGUAAUUGCUCUGGCAUCAUGGCACCAUUUCUGUAUCCUUCAAGUGAAGGGCCACGAUAUCUAAAAGGUCACGGUGUGACAAUGGCAUUGGUCGGCUUAGGUAGCGUGUUGUAUGCUGUCAUGUACGUCUACUUCACACGCGAGAACAAGAUGCGAGCAGCUGGCAAGAGGGACGAAAGAAUGCAAGGGAUGAAUGACGAAGAGAUCCUUGCACUCGGUGAUGAGAAUCCGAAGUUUGUCUUUGCAGCUUGAAGGUACGGUGCUUAUGAAAUACACGAUUCACCCUCAUUGCGGAGUCCUUACUCAAUCGAAGGAUGAAGUACCUUCUUGACUGCUAGAUCGCAGCACGUGCAGCAAAGCGAAUGCGCGAGUGGACUCACAAAUGGAUACUCACGACAACGCA